AUGCCUCAUCCACCUAUUACUAUACCUCCUAUCACCAAAACCUGUCCGACAUGCCGCCAGACUAAACCCGAGGGCCAGUUCCGUAGAUUGGGUGCGAAUACGGCUGUUAAGAAUUGUCUUACUUGUCGGGAUCGCUACCGUCCUGGUCGAAAGCGGCUAUCCGAAGAGACUGUGGUUGUUUUCGAUAGUACACUUCUGCCGGCGCAAAGCAAUACUUCCUGCCAACCUAUCCUUCCUCGUCCUACUCAGCCCGUCUCUCAUGGAGAAAUACAGGAACAUGGAACCCAGAAUGUCUUCCGUGUCGAGCCUCCCAAGCGCAAAAAGGCGAACAGAAAGAAAAAGGAUAACCAUGAGGAAGAACCACAGCUCAUUGAAAUCGGCUCAAUGGUAAUUGGACCGACGGGCCCUUCAUUCGCGCUUUUGCCUAGUCUUCAGUCGAACUCUUGUCCUCGCUCGGGAACUCGGGAGUGCCAGAAUAGCACUGUCGAAUCUACUACGUCUCAGCCACGGGUUUCUUCUUCUCGCCCCCAAACAGAGCGUGGUGCUGGGUCUUUGGAGCAACGGGUUAGAACUUUUGAUUUGACUAGACUUGAGCGUCAAUCCCGAGGCUCUUCUCAGUCAGUGCUGCCGUGUCCUCCGACAAGUGAUGGGAGUUUAAGCGUGCGCUCAAUGGUACUUGGACCUAUGGGCCCUUCCAUCGCUGUUUUGCCUAGUCUUAAGUUGAAUUCUCGUUCGCAGAGAAAUGGCGCUCAAACUCGGGAGCAGCGGGUGAUGGCUAUCGAUCUUACUAGACCUGGGCCUCAGUCCUGGGGCGCUAAUUCUCAACCUCUACCGCUGCGUCCUCAAGAGCAAGACUCGGGGUCUCGAGAGCAACGGGUUAGAACUGCUGUUCCUACUGAGCCUAGACCUCAGUCUCGAUAUUCUUCGCGGCUCAUGCCGUCGCGUCUUCAAGCAGAGCAGGGCGUUGAGACUCAGGAACGCCAGAUCAGAAUUGUCCAUACUAGUGAAGCUCAGUCACGGGAUUCUUCUCUUCGGUCUCUGCCUUCGCAUCCUCAGAUAGAGAUCAGCGCUAAGAUUCAUGAUCAGCGGGUUAGAACUGUUACUUCUACUAGACCUCAGUCCAGAUCUUUUUCUCGGUCUAUGCCGCCGCGUCCUCGGACAGAGCACGGCGCUGAGACUCGGGAGCGCGUCAGAACCGCCAAUCCUACUGAGCAUGAGCCUCAACCCCAGGGCUCUUUUUCUCAACCGCCGCCACCGCGUCCUCCGAUGAAUGAUGUGAAUUUGGAGAAGUUCGUGAAAAUCUGA